GCCACACCGAGCUCCGCGCUUUGCCGAGCCUUUUCCCGGCUGGACAACCCGUGCUCGCUCAGUACCCCCCGCACACGUCGGGGCUCCGCAGCCUCCUCAGCACCGACCCCAUCCCGGGGGCCGCGCCGAGCCCGCUCCCCCCGCGCGCGCGCGGUGGCGCGGGGAGCCCUGGCGGCCCCGCCGGGCCCGGGCGGCGCUGCCGCGACCGAGCGGAACGCCCGGAGCGGGAGGAGCGGGACGGCGGCCGCCAGGCCCGGCACUUACUUGAAGGCGGCCGCCAUGGCGGCACCGCCGCCGCCCCGGAUGUGGCGCCCCCUGGCGGCGGGCCCGCCCAGCGGGCUCUGCGGGCGGACCGGCGCUGGCGGCGGCGGCCGGGGCGGCGGCGCUGGCGGGGCCCGGCCGCGAGGGGGCGCCAGCGGCUCCCUGCGAGGCGGCCGCUUCCGCCUCGCUGCCGCCGCGCGACCGGGUCCCGCGCGCCGCCGCGGGCGAUGGCGCUGCCGUUGCAGCCGCCCCUGCCCCUGUCCCUGUCCCUGUCCCUGCCCGCGGCCGCGGCGGCGCUGGCGGCCCUCGCCGCCCUCCUCCUCGUCCUGAUUUGUGCAAUUGCUCAUGUAACUGCCAAAAAAAUGCCAACCCUUCACCGACACGAAGAAGAGAAAUUCUUUGUAAACGCUGAAGGCAGGAAAGAACCUCUACCAAGUGUACAUGAUCCCCCUACAAGGGAACUCUCUGUUGUUGUGCCUUCAUACAAUGAGGAAGACCGGUUACCUCUUAUGAUGGAUGAAGCUUUGGAUUAUCUAGAAAAAAGACAGAAACGAGAUCCUUCAUUCACUUAUGAAGUGAUAGUGGUUAAUGAUGGUAGUAAAGAUCAAACUACAAAGGGUGUCUUUAGUUCUCGGGGGAAAAAAAUUCUUAUGGCUGAUGCAGAUGGAGCUACAAAAUUUGCAGAUAUUGAAAAAGUAGAAGAAGGUCUAAAAAAUCUCCAGCCAUGGCCUAACCAGAUGGCUAUUUCCUGUGGUUCUAGAGCUCAUCUGGAGAAGGACUCGGUAGCAAAGCGCUCUUACUUUCGAACUCUCCUUAUGUACGGCUUCCACUUCCUUGUUUGGUUUCUCUGUGUCAAAGAGAUCAGGGACACACAGUGCGGAUUUAAACUUCUAACCAGAGAAGCUGCCUUGCGGACUUUCUCUACUCUUCAUAUAGAACGCUGGGCAUUUGAUGUGGAACUUCUUUAUAUAGCCCAGCGCUUGAAAAUACCUAUAGCAGAAGUUGCUGUCAACUGGACUGAAAUAGAAGGUUCUAAGUUAGUUCCCUUUUGGAGCUGGCUGCAGAUGGGCAGGGAUCUUCUUUUUAUACGACUGCGAUAUAUGACUGGUGCCUGGAAGCUUGAAAGAAGAAAAUGUAAUUAGGUUAUUUACAUUUUCCAACUAUAUUAUUAUACUUAAUGGAACAUUAGAACAGUUUCAAUCAAGUGAAGUGGUGAUGAAAACUGAGGUAAUUCUUCAUUGCUGCUCUUGUAUGUUUCAUUUUUGCAGCAUAUAUGUGUUUUGUAAGAUUUCCAGCAGGGAAUUUGUACAUUUUGAAAAGAGAAAGCAUUUAAAAAAAGAUUUUCUUACCUGGUAAUCAGGUUUUUAUUUUAUUAAAUAGUAGCUUUAACAUGUCUUAUAAAUUAAUUCAAAUAAAUAUAUCUGCUUUUGUCUCAUCACACUUCUGGAAUUUUCAUAUACAUAUUAAAAAGAGGCACUCUAUUGUACAUUGUACAGUGUUGUGUUGUGAAUGACCACAAACAUUUGUUUCUGUGAUAUCUGGAAAUUUUAGGCCAUAUUGCAGUUUGGAAUUAUUAUUCAUGGUUUGCACUAAUGCAUGUUUAGAUUCAAUGUUAUGGGAAACAUUAAUGGAUUUUUUACCGAGUUAUAACAGUAAUGUUCCUAAGGUUGUUCUCAGGACUUUCAGUAGUCUCUUGACAUUCCAAAUGUUUUUGUCUGAAGCUGAAAUAGUUUUCUGAGAUCAAACUGCAGAUCAUGUCCAGACUGCAGAAGGUCCAAGAGCAAGCACAUUUAGUUUUAAAAUGUUGUCUUUUAUAAAUGUGUUUUGUUCAUCUGUACUAAUUAUUACUGCCUACUCAAGGCUAGGAGUCCUUAACAUAUACAGGUCUGAAGUGAAGAGGGUAUGAAAAGCUAGUUCAGAGCAUGCAAAAAUGAGACCCACUAUACACUGGGGGGGGGGGGGAGGCCGUGCAUUAGCAAUGCCAGUCUGAUGAUGUCACACUUCAAAUGAGAUCAGAGAGGGAGGGAGGGGUCUUGAGUCUUUCAUAGUAGUGUAAUACUGUGUUACAGUACAGUAACAUAGUUUCAUUUGUGCUUUUAAAAUAGUUGUGGAUUGCCAACAAACAAAGCCAAUCUGUCUUUCAGAAACAUGUACAAACUUGAACAGAUGUAAAGAAUGAAUGGUAUAUGGUUGUACUUUCACAUGUAAAUUCACUGGUGAUUUUUCUUAUUCUUUUUGUAAUAUUGACUUCAGUUUUGCUCCUGUUAGGGUUACCUCAGUUUUCUAUGAAGUGCUGGAAUAAAUUCUCAACAAAUACA